AUGGAUUAAGAAAUUCCUUAAAAUAAUUUAUAAAAUUAUUGGAAUUUUUAAUUAUAUAAAGCAGAAGAGGAUAUUCUAAUAGCUAAUUAAGACCAUUACUUUUUUGAUAUGAAUUUCAUGAUUUUACCAGAUAUUUUAGAUAAAAUAAAAAUUGAAUUGAAUAUAAAUCCUGAAGUGAUUUCAUCAUAAUAGUAUUAACAGGAAAGAUAAAAAUUAUUAUUUACAAUGCUUAAAUAUGAUAUUGGAUUGGAUAUUUUAAUAAAAUUGGUUUAUAGGCAAGAUUAAUCACCAUUAAAUAGUUAUUAUUAUUUGAAGACACUUGAUGAUUUGUCUUAUAUUAUUAAUUAUAUGUAAAAUGAAUUAUUGGAUUUGAUGAUUGAAAAGAAUUUUUGUUAAUCAUAAAUAUCAAAUCGUAUUGUAAAACUCUUUAACUCAGUAUUAAGUAUGAAAUACAUUUGAAAAUAGAUCGAAAAAAGAAGGAAAUUCAAAAAUUGCCUACUCCCAAAAUAGCAUAAAGAGAUAUUGAGAAUUUAUAAUAGUAAUUCAACUAAAUAAUUGACAUAAAUUAUGUGAUAAGAAAUUAUGAAUUUUAUGUGUAAAAUUGGAGAAUCAUUUAUAAUUUAUUAAGUGCACCUAGAUAUAAAUUAUUGAAAAAAGUUAUUCUUUGUUAAACAGAAAUACAAUAAAUGUUAUAAGAAGAGUCAGAAACAUAAUUAUUAAAAAUGAUGUCAAAGUUGACUAUUUAUUAAUAAGAAUUAAUAAUAACAUACAUUCAAUCUACAUAAGUAAUAUAAGAAAUAGAAAUUGUAAGAGAGAAAUAUGUUUAACUUUAUUAGGCUAUAUAUCUAAUUGAUACAGAUCCAAAAUAAUAAUUUUCUAAUAUUGUUAAACUAAUGAAGUUAUAUUAUUUUUAGAUUGAGAAUUGGAAAUUAAUAGUAAUUUAAGAAUUGAUCGAUUUACAUUAAGAAUAAGAUGCUUAUGAGAUAUUAUUAGCAAGUAAGAUUGAUUGGAAUUUUUUAAGUAAUAGUGAUAUUAUUAUUAAUUUAUUAAUUGCAUAUAAAAGAUCUUUAUAAGCAUAUAUUUAUGUUACAGAAUUGAAAACAGAAUUAGCUUUAAAAUAUUAUAUAAAAUAGAUGAUAGAUUAGAAGGAUAUUUUAAAUUUAUUAAAGAUUGAGUUUACACCAGAAUAAGAUAAUAUUGUGAAUGAAAUCAUUAAGAAUUUAGCAGAUAAAUAAGUUUUAAUAGAAUUUGUGAAUAAGUUAUUAAGAACAAGGAAAUACUAUUAAGCAAUAGAAUUUUAUAAGAAAUUAAGUUAGGGACCAUUACAACUUGGUUUGGAAAGAAUUGAAGAAGUAAAUAUUAUUAUUUAAUAAUUUAAUAGUUAAUUAAAAAAAGGAUAGCUUAACUUCCUGAAGUAGAGGAGAAUUACUAUUUGGCAAAAAUAAAUGGGAAAUAAUUAACAGAUGAUGAAUUAUUAAUUGAAACUAUUAUUGAUAACUAAGAGAAAAUCAAUUAGGUUUAAUAUUUUGAAUUUAUAAUUUUAUGUGAUUAAUAUAUUAUAAUACAUUCUAUAUAUAUUAGAUUAUGA